GUAAAAACAAACAAUAGUCAGACAAAAGCUAGGCAAGUUAAAAACAUUUUGUUAAAAAGAAAAAUUCUUAAAUAAAAUAUUUUUAUUUUGCAUUUUCUUAUUAAUUUUACUUUUUUUAAAUAAGUUCAACAUUUCAUACACCGUGUUUGAAAUUUGAAUUGUAUUAUACAUUUAAAACUAUAUGAUAUAAACUAUUACGUAAUUAGUCUUGUGUUAGUUGUUCAUUUUGUUUAAAAAUGAAAAUUUUCUUAUUGUUUUUCUUGGCUGUGAUUAGAAGUAAUCAGAUUUCCUCUUUUAUUAUUGGCGAUUCUUUACUAAUAAAACUACUCAAAUAUAAUUCAAUAAUUGAUAACCAAAGAAACACGAUUGAUCAGCUUUUAGUAAAUUUCGCAGAACAUUUUAAAAACAAUAUAGCUAAUCAAAGCACAGUAUUAUAUUUAAAUGAUAUACACUUAGUAAACGUUGAAAACAUAUAUAUGAAUGUUAAUGCAACGUUGAGUAAUGUAGAGGUUAACGGCUUUGAUAAAAUAGAAAUAUUAAAUGUAACUGCAACAGUUUUCGACGGAAAUAAAUGGAUAAUUACCUUUAAUAUACCUGAUCUGGAGUUCAAAGCUAAUUACAGUUUAUCAGGUGAUCUCAAACUUGACAGUUCCUGGAUAACAAAUAAUACCAUUGUUUCACAGAGUGCUGGCAUUAUCAAAACUCAUCUCUAUAAUGUUACCUCGGUAAUCACAACAACAUUAGAUGUGGAUUUAUUAUCUAGAAAUGUAAAGAUUCAGAAUGUAUCAGUUGACUAUAACUAUAGAGAAGCUAAGACUACAAUAACUGGUUUAGAUUUCCUGGGAUCCUACAUGAGAUAUUAUGCUGUUAAUCCAAUUGCCAAUUUAAUUGUCGAAUUUUAUUUGGUACAGUACAAAUUAAACAUAACAGAAAGCUUAGCCAAUGCAGUGGAAAACAAACUAAAUCCAAUUAUGAUGGAAAAUGCAAUAUUUUCAUUGACAGAAGUAAUUUUGAAAUAUUCAAAUGAACAAACUGAACUGUAUGAAUUAACUUAAAUAUGAUAAUUAUACAUAGUAUUAACUAUUAAACUUAUAGCCUAAUUAUUUGUUUAUUGUUCUAAAUAAAUCAUAUCAAUGUUCACUUAAUUAAUUUGUUAUUAAUAUAUAUAUAUAUUACA